UGCUUGUUUUUUGUCUUUCCUCAAAAAAGUGAACAGGAAGCACGAUUUCCAAGCAAAUCUCAUCGAUCUUUUGCAGUUACAUUGUGAGGACAUGGACCUCUGCUUGACACUCCUGCUGCUCUGUCUCUGCAGCCUCGGAGCCACUAAUGCUGAGGGGGCAGAAAAUCAGUCGAUCCCGUUGGUCCCCCUCAUUCCUCUGCUGCCCAGUCAACCCAUAGAGAAAGACGACAGCAACAGCACAGCGCCGCCAGAAAAAGCAGACGUGACAGAAAGCGGCGGGCCCAACAGGACCUCGUCAGACGAGGAGGCGGGUGAAGGCUGUGUGUCGGUCAGCCGCGGCUCCCAGUCCCGGGAGGCCGUCGCGGCCAGCAUUCAGAAGCUGGGCGUCCAGCUGCUGCGGAACCUGGAGACCUCGCCAGAGCAGCCAAACGUCAUUAUAUCUCCUUUGAGCAUAGCACUCGCCCUCUCCCAGCUGGCUCUAGGUGCAGUAAAUGAGACGGAGGAGCUGCUGAUGCGCCACCUCCAUGAAAACACCCUCCCCUGCUACCACCAGUCUCUACACAACCUCUUAGUACAUCUGAGAAACAAUGAAGUACAAAUUGCCACGCGGCUCUUCCUGCGUCAAGGGUUCAAGCCAAAACAAGCAUUUCUCAAUGAAUCCCUGCGGCUGUAUGACUCGGAGCCGGCGAUCUUGGAGAGCCUGCAGCAGAUAAAUGGCUGGGUAGAGAAUGCAACGAAAGGACGGAUGACUGACUUUCUUCCCGCUCUCCCGCCCAACUUGCUCCUGCUGCUCAUCAAUGCUGUCCAUUUUAAAGGAGAGUGGAAAGCUCGGUUUGACUCAAGUCAUACCUCCAGAGGUGUGUUUCACCUCGAUGAAAAGCACGUGGUUGAUGUUGAAAUGAUGGAAGAUGCAAAACAUCCCCUGAGUUUAUUUAUUGAUCAAGAGCUGGAAGCUCAGGUAGCAAGCUUCCCGUUCCUCAACUCCAUGAGUUUGCUGGUGGUCAUGCCUCUGUCUGGUCAGGUGAAUGUAUCCUCGCUUUCUGCGAAUCUCAAUAUUUCUCACUUGUAUAAUCGUCUGCCUAAAGAGAGAGCUGUGCAGGUGAAAGUCCCCAAAUUCAAACUGGAGUACGCUCAAGAGUUAAAGGAGGUUUUCACAAAACUGGGCCUGGGAGACGUGUUUUCCAGCCCGAACCUGGCUGACAUGGCAGAUGGCCCCCUGCUGGUCUCCAGCGUGAUGCAUAAAUCCAGCAUGGAGAUAAACGAGGAGGGUGCGGAGGCGGCGGCAGCCACGACUGUGGUCAUCUCACGGGCGUCCAAUCCAGUUUUCCACCUCACUCAACCCUUUUUCUUUGCACUUAUGGAUGAUAAGUCACAAGUACCGAUCUUCAUGGGGGUCAUUAACAACCCAAAUCCUGGCGCUCCUAUUUUGCAGAAAGGAGAUUCUGGAAAUGUGGAUAAAGUGGGAUUCCCAAUUGAUAAGCAUCAAACGGGCUCAUAUGGAGGUCCGCCUAAGUAGGGAUUAAGAUCCUGUCCAACUGGCCCGGGGAAGCUGCGACCAAGUGUGCUCGCUGGAUAAAUGUUUAAAAAAGAUAUUUCUUUCUUUCUUUUCUUUCUUUUGGUUUGUUUGUUUGCUUCAUUUAAUACAACCCCGUAAAAAAAGUCUGAUAACCUUGAUAAACUAUGCAGAACUAUGAUUAUUUUGCAGCAUUAGACAUUUACUCAAGGUCAAGGAAUCCAUCAGAGUUAAAAACAUAACUGAAGUAUAUUUGUGAUAGUUAAUGUUUGAUUUGCAUACAUGUUGAAAGUUAGACCCAAGUAAUUUGUUACAGUCUAAGAACAGUAUGGCCUCUGUGCAAACGCUACCAGAUGGUAAAAUUGGUCAUGUGAUGGGUCAAUAAAUUAAACUGAUCUA